GGACGGCCUGGCCGGGGCGGGGCGGGCGGCCUGGCGGGCGUAGGGUGGAGGGGCGGCGAGAAGUCAGGUGCAGCCGCGGCCCGGAAAGUUUCCUUGUAGGCCCGAAUUGGGGGUUGCCUUCUCUCCGGGGAGCCCCGGUCCUAGCGCCGGGGACCCCCCGAGGGCGUGCGGGAGAGCACUCGGCUGGCUCGAAACUCUUUGCCAGUUCCUGUCCAUUCAAGAUGAGAAAAUUGACCAGAUUUGAGCCCCAACCCUGAUCCUUCCAGAGGCAAUGAGUGAUUUCUCUGCUGCUUAAACUGCCUUUAACCUUUCUCAUAAGUCAGACAAUCUGCUUCCUUUUGAUUGAGAGCAUUCCAAACUGUGGUCCCCCUGGGCUCUCUUCACAUUGCUGUGGUGCAGAAGAUUUAAAAUCAGCUGAUGUUCACAAGGAAUAGAGUCACGUGAUGUAUGAAGGGAAACAUAUACACUUCUCUGAGGUUGACAAUAAGCCCUUGUGCUCAUAUAGCCCCAAACUGUGCAAGCAGCGGCGACUCAACGGUUACGCUUUCUGUAUCAGACACGUUCUGGAAGACAAGACUGCCCCCUUCAAGCAAUGUGAAUAUGUGGCCAAGUAUAACAGCCAGCGCUGUACCAACCCCAUUCCCAAAUCAGAGGAUCGUAGGUACUGCAACAGCCACUUGCAGGUACUUGGCUUUAUCCCGAAAAAAGAGAGGAAGAAAAAGAAUGAUCCGGUAGAUGAGGUGAAGGUCAGGCAUCAGAUGGACGCCAUGGCGUUUAGCCUGACAGUGCCUACGCUGGCCCUGAAGAUGCCCAAUGGACUGGAUAGCUUGUCCCUCUCUCCACCUGGGUCGAGAGUCCCUCUCCACUACCUGGAAACUGAGUUCGAAGACCCCUUUGCUUUCAAUGAGGAAGAUGAUGACCUAAAGAAAGGGGCGACCGUGAAAAAGAAGUUGCAGAGCAAGUUGGCUCAGAACCGGCAGCGCCAGAGAGAGACAGAGAUUUUGAAAGUUCGGCAAGAGCACUUUAGCACCCCUCCUGCGCCUCCACAGCAGCAAGCCCACUUGUCACCUCUCUCCACUUCUGUAAAGCCUCCAGCGCCACCGCAGGGCUCAGUCUGCAAGUCACCUCAACCUCAGAACACCAGCCUACCAAUGCAGGGAGUGGCCCCCACCACACACUCUAUAGCACAAACAAGGCAGGCCUCUAACAAGAGGCCUCUGACCCUCCUUCCAUCCAGUCGGGCUCCCAUCUCAGAUGCCCCCAGGACUGACCGAAUUCUCAUGAACGCCAGCGCCUUCUCUCCACACUUGUCCUGUAUAAGCCGACUGCAGAGACUGGUGAAACUGUGUGCCCAGAAGCAUCAGCUGGACGCAGACCUGUUCCCUCACCUAGGGUUGGACUGGUCUGAAGAGAGCGGAGAAGAGCCGGAGGACUCAGAUCAGGCCUCGCCGUACCAGGUUGCAUGGUCCAUCCGAGAAACGCUCAGAUAUGAAAGACACACGUCGGAUGACGAGGACGUGGAGAGCAGGAGCUCCAGGGUGACCCAACUUUGCACUUAUUUUCAGCAGAAAUACAAGCACCUCUGCCGCCUGGAGCGGGCAGAGUCUCGACAAAAGAAAUGCCGGCACACUUUCAGAAAGGCGCUGCUGCAGGCAGCCAGCAAAGAGCCCGAGUGCACUGGCCAGUUGAUCCAAGAACUGCGAAGAGCUGCGUGCAGUCGAGCCAGCUGCAGCCAGACCAAGUUGAAGGAGGUGGAGCCAGCAGCAUGCAGCGGAACAGUGAAGGGUGAACAGUGCUCUAACAAGGCCCUUCCCUUCACCAGACAUUGUUUCCAGCACAUCCUCUUGAACCGCUCUCAGCAGCUCUUCUCCAGCUGCACUGCCAAGUUUGCAGACGGACAGCAGUGCUCUGUGCCAGUGUUUGACAUUACACACCAGACGCCCCUGUGUGAAGAACAUGCCAAAAAAAUGGAUAACUUCUUGAGAGGAGAUAGCUCCCGUAGAGUUCAGCACCAGCAGCCGAGGAAACCUAGGAAAAAAACGAAGCCCCCUGCACUUACCAAAAAACACAAGAAGAAGAGAAGGCGUGGACCUCGUCGGCCCCAGAAACCCAUUCCCCCUGCAGUGCCCCAAGGGAACCUCAGCAUGCCCACCAGCGUCUCACUGCCAGUGGAGGCCUCGCAGAUCCGUAGCCCUUCCACGCCAGAGCUGAGUGCCGAUGAGUUGCCGGAUGACAUUGCCAACGAGAUCAGUGACAUUCCGCAUGACUUAGAAUUGAGCCAUGAAGACUUUGCGGAUGUCCUGCCACGGUUGCCCGAUGACUUACAGGAUUUUGAUUUUUUUGAAGGAAAGAACGGAGACCUCCUCCCGACCACCGAAGAAGCUGAGGAACUUGAGCGGGCCUUGCAAGCUGUAACUUCUCUCGAGUGCCUGAGUACAAUUGGGGUACUUACCCAGUCAGACGGUGUGCCAGUUCAGGGGUUGUCAGAUAGAGGAAUGGGGGUGUUCUCCGCGGGUACUGAUGCUUCGGGAAUCCAGUCCUUGAGUCGAGAAGUAAACACGGACCUAGGGGAGCUGCUGAACGGACGCAUAGUACACGAUAGCUUUUCUAGUCUGGAGCUGGACGAGAACCUCCUCCGUUCUGCUAGCCUGUCUGACCCACCCACACCCCUGGCAGGGCAGAUCCAGGGGCAGUUCUCUGCCCCAGCCAGCGUUGGCCUUACUUCUGCCACUCUGCUCAGCCAGAGUGCACUUGGGGAGAGAGCCUUCCCAGGACAGUUUCAUGGACUUCAUGAUGGCAGCCAUGCCUCCCAGAGGCCACACCCUGCCCAGCUGCUGAGCAAGGCAGAUGACCUAAUCACCUCACGACAGCAAUACAGCAGUGAUCAUUCACACUCCUCACCCCAUGGAAGCCAUUAUGACAGCGAGCACGUGCCGUCGCCCUACAGCGACCAUAUCACCUCUCCCCACACAUCUUACUCUGGUGAUAAUAUGGCAGCUACCUUUUCAGCAGAGAUGCCCAUCAUGGCACAGCACUUGCUCCCCACCCAACUUGAGGUGCCACUUGGAGGAGUGGUCAACCCCAGAACUCACUGGGGGAAUCUCCCCGUUAACCUUGGCGAUCCCUCUGCAUUUAGCAACCUCCUUGGCGCGGAUGGACACCUUCUUUCCACCUCCCUCUCCACGCCACCCACCACGUCCAACUCAGAGACCACACAGCCUGCCUUCGCCACCGUUACCCCGAGCAGUUCCAGUGUGCUUCCGGGGUUACCGCAGACCAGCUUUAGUGGCAUGGGGCCUUCCGCUGAACUAAUGGCCUCGACCUCUCCCAAGCAGCAGCUCCCGCAGUUCAGUGCAGCCUUCGGCCACCAGCUGAGUUCUCACAGUGGCAUUCCUAAGGACCUGCAGCCCAGCCACAGCUCCAUAGCCCCUCCUACAGGCUUCACAGUAACAGGUGCCACGGCUACAAGUACCAAUAAUGCAUCUCCCCCUUUCCCCACCCCUGACUGAGCGAGCAAGUCUGUGUGCUUUCAGGCAGGUGGGACCUGGUAUUUUCUAUCUCUGUUUCCUCUUUUGCACCCCUCUCCUCUUUUCCUACAGAAGAUUUAGAAACAAGAGUGGGGAUUAGCCGGGCCCCCCCCCCCCAAUCAGCAAGUGGCCGCGCGGCGACCUGUGUCAGUGUUCACGUGUGCUCCUUUGCACUGGUGCUCCUCCCUCCUGGCGGGUCCUCUCGGCCUGGUGGCUUCUCUGGUGGCGCAGCACAGUGACUGGAUAGGAUUGAUUUCUUUUUCAGCAAGUCCUAGAAGUGGAAGAUACCUCAGAUUACCAGUGCCCUUUACUAUUUCCUAGUGUUGAGAUCAAUGCUUUCCCUUCUCUAGCCAGGUUUUUACAUAGGUUGUUGUAGAUGGAGUGGCCUAUUGAGAUCCUGUGUAGCAGGUGGUUGUGGAGGCAAAUCAAAACUCUGACUUAGCCCCAACUGCCAAACGCCACAGUGAGGCCUGGGUGCCAUUCCUAACUGUGACGUGGCUGACUGAAAAGAGCCUUGUCUCCUGACUGCCUGCGAACGCGUCCUCACCCCGUGUGUUUCGUGCAGCACAGGGAGUAGCUCUCAUGGUUUUGUUUGUUUUGUUUCGUUUUUGUCUUUUUGGUUUUUGUCUUUUUCUCUCAGAUACGCUUACGGCUCUUUUUUCCCUCCUUCCGUCUCAUACCUAGCAUCGUUUCUGACUGAGUUGACUAAAGCAUCUGAAUGGGGGGUGGGGGAGUGGCAUGGUGGUGGUAACACAGCCCUUUGUCACUAAUGAUCAGCCUAUGAAGAGAGGAGCCACGAAAGGCUGAGUUCACGUCAGUGACAGGGAGUGUCAUGACAACUACCCCGCGUGGCUCGGGCUUCAGGUCUAGAGCCUCACAGUCACUUUGCCUUUUCCAUGUGUAUUUGUUUCAAAAUCCCUCACUCUUGGAAUACAUUUGCAAGUUGUAAUUAAAAAAUGUUUUGAUGUGAACAAGCAGGCUAGACUGGAUAAACUUGAAAGACGACAUCUGUGCCCUGCCUGGCCUGUCAUUCGCUCCUAGUUUUUACAUGUUUACAGUUGUGAUUCUUUGGUGAGAUUUGUGAACUGUUGAGGACACGUGUAGAGUCCGUGUACCAGUUGUGAAGUGAUGUGUAAUAUUGGAAGGACACACAUUUUAAAAUUUCUUUCAAAGCAGAAAAUGGAAACUAGACAUAAAUUUGACUUACCUUAGAUACUUUUAAAAUAAUUUAAAUACUUAAGGUGAAGUAAAUUUGGAAAUCUUUUAAAGUAUCAAGGUUUUAGGGUGAACAUCUUGUUGAUUAGUGUGGUAAGUUGGUGACUAUGGAGUGAUGUGUGGGGUCUCUUCUUGCUUGCCUUGCCCUCCAGAGAAGGGUGGAACUUCACUUUCUGAUCUGUUUGCUGAGGUUUCACUGUCCCUUUGGAUACCAUUGGGUAUUCACAUCUGAGUUCAAUUUAAUUUACAUAUGUAUAUUUUUUAAAACAAGACAACAUAUCUGUUAAUGAUGUGGUACAGUAAUUCUUGGGUCAGGGACUGUUUGAUCCUGAUUUCUUCCUUCCUAACAAGUAAAGGUUGGGGCAUUUCCUCCUUCUGUGUGUUUUCCUCAUGCUGUGCCAGUGCUAACAGCCCCUUCUGCUGAAGGCUUUUUCUCUCUGCCUUAUAAAGGAGUGAUGGUGAGCAGCAGGCAUUGUGCAUACACCAUGUGCCUGAGCUUUCGGAGGGAAAGUCACAUGACUGUAUGAAAUCACGAUAUGCCCUAUCUUAUAUUUAUUGAAUUUGGGGAGGGCAAAAUAUGUUUGUAAUGUAUUUCUUUUUUAAAAAAAUUAUGUUAAUUGCAACAUUUAAGGUAUUAGCUUUGCCAUUUUUCAUAUUGAGAAACUUCUAAAUUAUAAAUUAUGUCACAAAGAAAUUCUGUGUAGUGUCACCAUGAGCUUCUCCUAGACGGGGAGGAUUGGCUUCACGCCCGUUCCUGGCCUGUGGCCUUCUGUCCGCAGCUUGUUCAUGUUAGUGCACUGUGCUGAGAUGAGGAGUGGCCACCUCACCUCCAGAGUGUCGUGUCCUUCUGUGAGCUGUUCUCACAUCCCGUUAGAAUCAUCACUAGAUAACUGUGCAUCCUCAGAAAGUUAUUUUGUCUCCACUGUGUCUCAGUUGAAGACUGAAGCAGAGCAGCACUGGGCUUCCUUAUCAAGCUCCUGUUUGGCCGCGAGAAGUCAGCUUGGACUGUUAGUGGCUGUUUGCCCCGCAUUCGCUGCUCAAAGUUCUUUAGUUGUCGAGACUGCAACUGUAGGUUGCACCUUUUUAUUGUUUGCAGUUUUCUGGUUUUUUCUCAAAUUUUUAGAUGUUAUACAUAUAUUUACAUAUUUAACAAGUUUGUGUACUUGACAGAACUCCAGCAUAACAGCCCAUAACAUCUAGAAACAUCUGAGUCGAGUCCAAAGCAGGUAGAGCACAGGCUCCGUUAAGGUGGUUGAGGAUCCGAAUCCCAUACAGGCUUAAGGCUGAAAACCAGUGUUCUGAUGGGUUGCCCCUUAAGAAAAGGCUAUAUACAAACCUUUAUUUUAACAUUUAAAAGAAAACUACAUAUUCAUUCCAACAGCUUUCCCAGGCCUGGCGGCCCAAUAAGUUACACACACACUCAGGCACUUGAAGGCUACGACACAGGUGACUACGGGGGAGGUGGCCAGAGUGAGAACUUUCCCAUGGUGAGACCCCACAAGGACACUUUGGGGUCACAGGCCAUGGGAAGAGCUGCAGUGGAACCUUCCUCCAGAUUACUGAACCAGGAGAAGCAGCAUGGCUCUUGGGGCUCAGGUGGGGCUUCCUGGAUGCAAGGCCAGGGACUGCCUGCUUAGCAGGGUAUGAGGGGGCAGUGAUGAUGCUCUGGGAGGUCUUGAUGGAGCAUUUCUCACAGCUGCAGGGGCCAUGGCGCUGAAUUCUCUCAGAUGAUUUGCUAGUUAGCUCUUUGGUUUUUUUGGCCGGAAUUUGCUGUGAUCCAGGGGUACUCAAGGACUUCCGCUAGUGUUAGCCUCUGGCUUGCAUUGUGCUUUAACAGUCUUGAAAUGAGGUACCUGGCUCCUUCAGUCACAAAGUCGGGGAAUGUGAAUUCAAUCCGUGAUAUCCCUCUGUAGGUCUCCUGGUAGGUCUGUGCCUCAAAGGGGGGCAUCCCAACUAGGAACUCAUAGCAGAGGAUACCCAGGCUCCAGAGGUCCACCUUCUCCUCGUGCAUCCGGCCCUCAGUCAUCUCGGGGGGCAGGUAGUCCAGGGUACCACACAGUAUGGUUCUCCUGGAAGAUGUAGCAUGCACAGACCACCCAAAGUCUCCAUUUGGCCCAAGAAACAGGUUCUCUGGCUUAAUGUCUCUGUGGAUGACUCUCUUUGAAUGACAGUAAGGCAGAGCGUUUGCCUGCUCUGGAGCUUUCUAUAGAUGGUCCCAAGGGGUGUGUGCUCUAGAAUUAGAUAAACUCUGCUGGCAUCGUGGAAAUAUCCACACAGCCUGAGGCUGUCGGGGUGCCGCUGUGGGACUGUAUCUCCACUUCUCUUCGAGCUGGUGCUCCACCCUGGCUUUCUCCAGCUGGGUUUUAAACAGCACCUUCAGGGCCAGGAUAAACUUGCUUUGCAUCCCUUGCCAAGUAAACAUUUCCGAACUUUCCUUUACCCAGGAGGUGGCCAAUGUCAGAAUCCUCCAGAGUCCACUGCCUUUUCUUCGCGUCUUCAGUUUUCUCUCUGUUCCUUUUCAGAAUUAUUUCCAGAGGCUGUAGGCUGGGGCUGCUCACUCUUCUGGGGGUUGCUGAGCUGGGAGACAGGUCGAGGAACGCUGGCAGCUGGCAACUGCUUUGGCACUGGCUUCUGACAUGAGGCCAGUUUCUGUGCUUGUGAAGGGACACGGUGUGAGGAGUUGGAAGGACACAAGACCCUCUGGGCCUGGCCACUGAUAGCCAAUCCUAGGUUCUGAGGAGGAAUCUACUUUGUCACCAAGACUCGUUUUGGACCAAAGGGAGCUGUGGUCUUAGCAGGCCUGAAAGCACAGUUUUCUGUACAUCUGUCCAUGUCACCCACGGGCAGGAUCCUGCCUCUGACCCAAGCCUUCAGUGACCCCUGGAGCCCCGCAGUUUUCUGUCUUAUGUGCAUUUAGAUGCCCUUCUUUGCUUUUGAUUAAGAAGGCAUGAAGUGAUCAGGAAUGUUGCCAGUUAAAGCUUCACGCCAAAAAUCUUGAGUAAACUCUCUUUUGUUUAGCCGCCCGUGACGAUAGCUGGAGAGAGGAUAGUCUUAGAAAGUACUGGUGUAGAAUUGAAUAAUUAGCAAAAGGCACACAUUUCUGAUAUUUCAGAACUAACAUCCAAGCCUAUAGUUUGUUUUCCUUGUGCAUCUCCUGUUGGAAGAGUAUUUAUUCACAAGCCCAGCGGUGCCCACUUUGUUUCUUCUCUAGUUUUUUGAAGCAGUUCUAAUCUCUCAAUAGUAGGUGGGGCAUUAAUAUGCAAAGAAAAAGAGCAUCUUUUAUAAUACUUACAUGAAGACAGCACUUGUAUUAUGGUAAGGCAAUACUGGAAUCAAAAACAAACCUGACCCAAGGUCUUAGUAGGGUAGACGCUAGCUUUUGCUGUAGUGUUCAGUACAUAAGAAACAGCGACAAUGAAGGCUCUGUCUGUCUUUGCAGUUCUUUGGGACCAUUUCUAAAGGCCAGUUAGAUCGUGUUACUGUGAUUUAAUUUUUGAAGUUGCUGCAAUUAAUGAAUGCAUUCUGUGCUCUGAGAAUCUGUUAUUCAGCAAUCGUAAUCUCUGGUAUCUGAAGAGAAAAAGGGCUUUCUCUCCCUUAAUUGUUAAUGUUAUUUUAGUAAAGUACUUAAGAUAUUGUUUGUUUCCUCUGUAAAAAUGGCUUAGCAAUGUCCGCACCUGGGUAGGGUGCACAGCUAGUAAACAAUCCAGGAUGGUGACUGCAGUUCCAGGUAGACACCAGGUGACAGACUGUGCAGUGGAAACAGCUGCCGAGAAGCAAGGGUUGUUUUCUCUAGUGAGCGAACCAUGUGAGCCAUCCCUGCUUCAUAGAUGAGAGCAGUUCCAUGUUGGCAGGCAGUGUAGUGUGUCUAGUGUCCCUCUAUGAGAAGAUUAUGGUUUAAUGAGAAUCAGAUAGUCAUUGGACAUGGAGUUGGAAAGUGGUUGUUUUAUAUUCUUUAAAGUUGUUGUUACCAUUUUUAGUGCUGUAAGGCUAAGGACAGCUAAUACUUUAUCUUUGCCAAAUAACUAUUGAUAAGAUUAAUCUUUUGAAGUAAACCAGACUCUUGCCUGAAGGUUAGGGAUCAUCCCCUCUGUGGGUCACACUAAAACUUUUCCAAAGCUCAUUCUCAGUCCGUGCUCACAGUCCACACAGCGGAGUCAAUUCUUUGUUUAAGAAGGAAACCAUGUCCACGCUAGAUAGAGGUGUCCUUGGCAUACAAAAGAACUUAGAUUUCUGGUGGCCUGUUGCAUGGCGUCUUAUGAACUGGCAUUAGAGUUGCAUCACACAGAAGUGAAGCCCUUACUGUGUGUCCCUGGAGUCUGGCCUAGAGUCUCCACUGCACUUUGGCAUCCUGGGCAGCGGUGGGGGUGGGAGCUUCAUUCGCUCACCUCUGAAGUCACUGCCUCCCUCUCGCUGAGUUCCAAGCAUGGGUGUUCAGAGCGUGAGGAGAUUAACACUAAACUAUUCAAUAGGCUUGGAAUUCAUAGUAAAAGUAUUUACUUUUUAGACUUUUCAUCUUAGACUUUAAAAACAUUAAAUUCUGUUCUUUGGCUGACUUGUGUAGGAUAAUCUAAUAGAAUGAGUUGUUGAAAGGUCAAUACAACUUUGCAGUGUAAUGAGGAAAUUUAGAAACGCCGGUGAGUUUAGUUGGAAUGACUCCUCACUUGUACUUCUCUUAUUACUGCUCUCCCACACUGUUCUAAAGGUCUCUUCUGUUAAAAUUAUUUCAUGGGGAUAGUCACUCAUGAAAAGUUAUGUAUUUCCUCCCCCCUUUCAGUAACUUGAAAAUCUUCCGUGGAAUUAUGUAGAAAAGAAAAAUAAUGAUUGCUUAAUAUUUUGGCUUCUUUAAGCUUCCCUGUGUUAUGCUGGUGGGAACCAAAAUCACACUUUAAUUAGAGUAGUAUUUUAAAUGCUGUCUUUCACAUGUGUGUAAUGUGGUCUCUGUGAAAUGCAUAGAUGGAGAUCUGCUAAGCAGUCUCCCUAGCCGGCAAGUUAAGAGGAACUUCUGGAUGUUCAUCAUGGCUUUUCCAACAGUCAGUGUCAUUAACCCUGCAGUUGUAGGUUAAGUUAGGGAGUCAUUUAUUGUUUUACUUGGCUCCUUUUUCUCAGUUAGCUUUCCCCUCUGCACUGUACAAGUGUACAAGGAACAAGUAAAACGAGAUGUGGCAUUUCAGAGAGAAGUGUUAUGACUUUAUUGACCCAUAUUCCAGAGUAUCAGUAAUUUUUGAAUGGCUUGAAGUAUAGAUCCAAGAUGGUCUUUGAUUGAUCUAAGUUAGGGUGCAGAGCAGUCUUCUAGGAUAAAAGCUGGUCGAUCCUGGAGGCCAGUGGGACAGCAUGUUUUCUUUCCUUCCUCCCUCUGCCUGUUUUGCACGCUCAUCCCCGGUGCUGCAGUGUGCACAUGCACACACAUGAGCCGCACUCACCUUGGCCCAAGAGUGGUAGAAUCUUUUUUCGUUGGUUUUUGUUGUUGUUCUAUGUGUUUGUUUGUUUGUUUGUUUGCUUUUUAAGCUGGGGACCACUGACCUAAGCUCUAAAUGCACCCCAAGUUCCCCAUGGAAAACAUUUCAACACACAGGGUGGAAGGCAACAGAAUAGCUCAAGGCCACACCAUUGCUUUUCCUUGGGGAAUAGACUGAUUUGCCCCCAAAUGACUCCAGCCUGUGUCAUUAAGGUUCAGGCGUCUCCAGUGGGGUUAGUGCUAACGCGAUAGAGAGUGUGACACCUGCUGACAGCGUGUACCUCUCUUCCAAAGGGUUGGAUCAGUUCUCAACAGUGAUAGCUCUUCUCACUGUAUAGUGUUGAGUAUGUCUCAGGGAUUCCUUGCGGAAAUUAGGGCAGUUUUUAAAAUAAGAAAAUAGUUUUAAAAGAAACUAAAGGUGACUCAUCAUUGAUGGGAGCUCAAGAAAGAGAAAGCUUUGGUUUCACAGCCCAUGGUCGCUCACCGAGGACGAUUUCCUUUCUACUUCAGGCUCUCAUCUCAGCUUCAGCGGACAGAAUCCUUUCCCAUCAUGCACAGCUUUAAAACUUUUAUUUAAAAACUUCCCCAUAAGCUUUCAGAAUACUUAUUGUAGAUUUUAAGAGAAAAGGUAUAUUAAUUUAUGCUAUUAACAUCACCUCAUAAAUUAUAAGUUUUAUACUAAAGCUGUAUUGAGUGUAAUGAAUUAUGUUGCCUAUGUGUUUUAAUAGCUUAAAAAUUAUAUAUGAGCUUCUUUUUAUUUUUAUUUUUAUCUUUAACAAAACAAACUAGUGAUGCACCUUUUUACACUGGAUCUCGGCCGUGUCAAGGUGUACAGCUGUCCUUUGCUACCUUGCAGAUAUAUAAAGAAAAGAAUAACGUGGGGCCUCAAAAUGUAGAACACCCUUAGACCACAUAUCAUCCUUCCUAGAGCUGUUGAGAAUCAUGUUCUGUAGUACAUGAUCUGUGGUUUACACUUAACGAUGGCUAGACGCUUAGUUACAGGGUAAAUAGAAGCAAAUAGAUCCAGUAAAACUCCCACUACUGUAGCUGGAAUUUGUAAACUAAGUUUUUAAGACCUCUGUUAUUUCCUAUGGAUUUAUUCUUUAAUUUACAGUUUAUUCUGUAAAUUGAGAAGUAAAAUUAAUAAAUCUAGAUGUUCUCAGUGUCUCAUUCAGGAACGUUUUCCCCUCCUCACUAAAGAAUUCCCACUGUGACUUAAAAAUAGAAAUAAAUUACUUGUGUGUGUGUAUAUGUGUCUGUGUUUUUACACACAUGCAAAAAUAUACAUCGGGGGCACUGUGUGAGAUAUGAAUGUGUGCUUGUAUAAAACUAGAAAGGUAACCGAAUGUAUUAUAGAAAUGUGUUUUAUCUAGCUGAGGGUAUUACAGCUCCUUUCCCAUUGAUUCUCUCAUAUCAACGUGCCGUAUUCUUUGCUAUGUUGUGUUCAAAGGCUAGCUCUGAUAUCAUGUGCAGGGCAUCUUUAAAGUGACAUGAGGAGAAGCAGCCUCUACGGCCAGCCUCGUGCUUACGAGCAUAGAUAGACCUAGAUAACAGCUUGUUUAUAUUGAGAUAAUGGGACCACAGAUUUGUUGAAACACUUUUAUGUCUAAUAAAUGUUCUUUAUAUUCCAAGUAAUAAAGUAUUAUGAUGUUUCCAUGAUCAAGUUCAGAAAACUUAGGCCUUGAUAAAGAAGCUUUUGAAGCUUUGUUUAAGGAGUUGUUGGGCUCAUUUCACUGUGCAUAUUUCAAAGCUGGUGUGAUUUUCAUUAUUUCCAAAACAUUUUUUAAAACUGAAUCCUAUCAUUGGUUAUGGAACAGAGCACCACAGCCCUAAUCGUUUGGCUGUAGGAAAAACCAUACUACCUUUGAUGCCUACCUGAUUGACGUGGAGCUAAACAGAAAGACACAUUCCUGUACUUUGAGCUUUGUCGUUUGCUGUGCCCCCCUUGAGUGGAACGUCUGAUGGUCUGAGACAGUGCUCCACCACGUUUAUUCUGAUAGAAAGAAAACUCAUAUACUUAGGGAAUAUAUCAGGACAGCAACUCCUGAGUACAUGUUUGAAUUGGUAGUUAUCUUUGAGGCCUCACUUAAUUCAUCUUAGUCACAACCUGGGAAAGCUUUCUAUGUUUUUUACAAUGGUAUUUUUGUAACAUCUCCCUGUUCCAUUCACUCUUACUUUUGGAUGUUGAGAAAUCUGCAUAUUUCUUGUAUAUAUGCAUGCAAAUGAAAGGAGGAAGUUUGUACUGAUGCCAUUUCUCCCUUCAGUUGCUGGUUAAUGGAAUUGACUAGAAUCAAUUUCCCCUUCUUGAAGGGUGAAAACAGACCCUUUGUGUAUAUCUGUACAGAGAUGUGUAUAUGGGAUGUGGUGGCACUUUGCUGAAUGUGAACUUGCCUUGUCAAUGGGAAUAUUGAAAAGUAUUAUGUUUAUUUAUACAUUUGUAUAAAUCUAUAUAUACACGUAUGUAUAUGUGUGUGUAUAGAUAAAGCUAUAUACAUAUAUUUCCCUAACAAUGUGUGUGUGUAAUAGAUUUACAGCCUUUGCUAAGCAAGAUUAUGCAUCUGUGGGGAAUUCUGGAUUACUCUGCAAGCCUAUGGGAGUCAGGACAGUCUAGAGUGCAUCAUCAGCCACACUGAAAUAGCUUAGUCACGGGUGACAGAUGACAUUGGCCACACCAGUUGCACUGCCCGCAGACUGCUAGCUGGUCUCUCUGUACUGACCACUCCCACCGCGCUGAGCUGUCUGUUGUCGGCUGCUGGAGAUGGACCUCUGAGAGUGGCCUGGACAGGGCCUGUGCUGAGCCACAUCAUCCCUCCCUUCCCCUUUCUGACUUAGUUCUUUUGCCGUGGCUGUUGCUUUUACAUUCCUCUAUAACUGACGGGCCCCCAUAGUAUACAGCUUUCAGUAAUAUUUUCUUUGAGAAUUGGGUAGUCAUGAAAAAUAAAAAGCCAACAUUAAUCAGUUAAUUUUGAAAUUUCCUAGGCAACUUUGGAGUGUUUUUACUUAAAAGUGAAAAAAAAACUACAAUUAUGAUUUUAUGAUUGACAUUAGUGCUGGGUAUAUUUCCACACCUAUGAUCAUUUAAAUAGUUUGAUUAACUUUGUGCUUUAAAUAUAAAUUUAUCCUUUGAAUUUUAACAAAGUAUACAAAGUCACAUGGAAGCCUCUUAAGUCUACAACUGACUCAUGCUUCUCAUGAUGAAAUACUCUAAUGAGUUCUUGUGUCUUGAAUUCUGCUGAAUUUCCUUUUGACUUUGCUCACAGUUGUGUCAUUCAGUUCUAACUCUGCCACAGCUCUCUAGAAAACUUUCACCCUAUAUAGCGUGCCUUUAAAGCUCUUAUGCACACACAGAUCAAAGUGUAUAUACAUACAUGUUGGCACAUGUGUACACAUACUUUGGUAUAUACUCACACAGUAUAUCUCCAAGAUAUAUUGUGGGAGUGAACAUAGAAAUAUUCAAAGGCAAUGAAAUGUUGCUCUCUAGAUAUAUAUGUAUAUAAAUAGUGUUGGUAUAACUGUACAUACACAUGUAUAUGUAUGAGUUCUAAAUGGCAAUCUUUUACAUUUAGCAAAAUGCUGCCCUACUGGAAUAUUGCCACUGCAAUGGUGGUUGUAUGUAUGUUUUAAAAUACAUUAUCAAAAGUUAUUUAAAGAACAUUUAAAGGUCUCAUCUAAAGACAGCCAUACACUAUUUAUUUAGCUUCCUAUCCAUUGUAUUGUUGUGUCUGUAACUGAAAGGGAGACUGUCGUUUUGAAAACAGCAUCUGCAAAUGAGACGAGAUCCACCGUGGUGUUCUGUGCAUCUCCCUUCUCUGCAGCAGUGGCAACACCACAACCCUGCUUGUUUAUUUCAGUUUUAGAGCCAUCCUAGCAUUGCUAUUUGUGUGUGUUAUCCACCAUCUCCUUGAUCAACUUCAUUCACCAAUCUGCCUCUUCCUUUCAUUAAUGAAUAAUGAUCAUUUUCAUCAUGUUGCUGGGGGAAGCUGACCCCUCUCUUGCUGCAAGGAAAUAGAUCAUCUAGUCAUUUUGCCUUGUUCACAAUUCACCUUGGAAAGAAGAUGCUUCUCAGGAUGCUGUCCUUAGCGUAGUUUAUUUUGCAAAGUUUGAUUUCUUUAAAGAUAUUACUUAAUUUUUUUAAAAGAUCUCUUAACUCUUUGUAUAUGCAUGUACUCGGCAUAUAUUUAAUUCUUACUGCUUUUCCCCGCAAGGUAUUUUUUUUUUCCCAUUUGUCUCUCAGUUUUCUGUAUUGAAUGCAAGAACAUUAAGACAAACUGUUAAAUACUGAUUUUGUUUGUGAUGAGCUGGCAGCAGAUUAAACCUUGAUAAUAGGGGAAGAGAAAGGUAGAUGGAUAGGUAAUCCUAAAUGCUAUGUUCGCUGGGGAGUGGAGUAAGUGUACUCCUAAGGAAGCAGAUUGCACAGAGUAGCUCACUGGAACUGAUAUCAGAAUCAGCCUUUAACACAAAGCCUCUUGGCAGAUGUAUGGUACUAACCAGAGUGCCCAAGUGUAAAUUAAAACCAAGUUGCAGUGGGAAAUCAAAGGUGAGGUAGCCAUUGGAAACCAGCAAAGGACAGGCAGGCUGGACAGUUUUAAAAUGUCUUUUAACAAUGGAACUGCACGGUAGCAAGGACUAGCCGUACCGAGAACUCUUCUUUUUCGGUGCUCUCGAUCACCUUGGCACACAGUCUGCUUCAUAUGCCAUACAUUCAGAGCAUAGACAGGAGGGCAGCUGCUUAAAGGGGACUUACAAACCAAGCGUCUUCUCAUGUCCGUGUCACGGCACGCACACUGGGAGCAGCUAGUGUCUGCACAGUGUGGAAGAGGAGGCUGGUGAUUGGGAAAAGGCCUAUCUGUGGCGCUGGCUGAGGUUCUGCUGGGGAGGACACAUUUGGGGAGACGAGAGGUUUUGGUUUGUGAUUUCCCUUUAAACAGGAAGAGAUGGUUCACAUUUUCCAUAUAUAUAUCUCAAUGAAUGUACUGUAUUACUGUUUUAAAAAUUUGAUGAAAUAAUAAUGGAUUGGUCUCCUUUUGUUAUCUGGUCCUUGUUUAAUUUGUUUAAGGGUUUUUGUAUACAAAAGUUUACAUUUUUAUGUAUAUUUUUCUUGUGUAAAAACUGAUGUAAUAUGUGUAUAAAACACUGUAUGUAUUAUCUGUAUAUAGUGUGACAAAAUGAUUUUUCUUUCUUUCUUUUGGAUGUAUUAAUAAAUCUUGCUGUGACGUA